AUGGAUUCCGACGAUAUGAAUGAUCCAGCACUGAGAGCAGCAAUUGCGGCUUCUUUAAGGGAUCUUAGCAACGAUGAUGAAAGUACUCCUAAUGGUCGUCAAUAUGAUGUUGUUGACUUGACUGCCGACUCUGAUGAUGAUGAUGAUGAUGUGGUGCCCAUAUAUCCCAAAUCAAACUCGGUCAUUGGUUCCGAGACGGACGGAGAUGAAGCCGACUCUAGUGAUGAAUAUGACGAUGAAGAUGAAGCCCUGAAGAAGGCGAUUCAAAUGUCUAUGCAAAGCGCCGUACAAGAUGAAAGCGACUCUUCGGGGCAUUACUUGCCUUCUACUGAGGCAAAGAAUGAGGGCGGCAUUCUUUCCUCCAACAACAAUGCCCCAACGUCAACAGGCAUACCAAAGCCGCUAGCAACGACUGGCAUACUAGGCUUGAAUCGAAAGCAGAUGGAGAAAGAGCGCCUCGCGCGAUUUCAGAAGAGAAAAGCCGAAGAAUUCGUACUGGAUGAUAACCGAGACGCAAAACACCCUAGAAUCGGAACGUCUCCAGAAUCUCGCGUGAAACAAGAGUCCAAUAUAUCCGGCCAAUUAGUUGACACAUAUUCCGAAUCAAAUUCCUCGCUUGCAAUGCAAGCAGCGAACGUACACCAAACACAAAACCCCUCCCCAAUCCCGUCGGUUCAGUUUCCUAAUGGGACCGUCAAGAAAACAUGGGCCUUUGGUUGCCGCCGGCGGGGUGACGAUAUCAAGAUUGAAGAGGUUCUUCAAAAAUCAGAUUUGCAACUUGCUGUUCUCAGUUCGUUUCUGUGGGAGAUGGAAUGGGUGUUUUCGAAGCUGGAUAUCGCGAAAACAAGGUUCUAUUUGGUGAUGCAAGCCAAGGAUGAAUCUACAAAACUCCAGUACCAGUCCGAGACAGCGUCUAUACGUAACCUUAGGCUAUGUUUUCCGCCCAUGGAUGGUCAAGUGAAUUGCAUGCACUCAAAGCUAAUGUUACUCUUUCACUCUGGAUAUGUCCGGAUCGCGAUACCCACCGCUAACUUGACUUCAUAUGACUGGGGUGAAAUAGGUGGUGUGAUGGAAAACAGUGUAUUUAUCAUUGACCUUCCUAAGAGAACUGAUGAAACCCCGAGGUUUUCGAGCACAGCUUUCUACGACGAUCUGGCUUACUUUUUGAAAGCUAGCACUUUACACGAAAAUGUCAUCGCUAAGCUGAAUGAAUACGACUUCAGUAAAACCGCGCACAUCGCCUUCGUUCACACUAUUGGUGGUUCGCAUGUAGGAGACACAUGGCGGCGAACAGGGUACUGCGGUUUAGGUCGUUCAGUACACUCUCUUGGUUUGCGAAUAUCUAGUUCUCUCAACAUCGACUUCGUAACAUCAUCCGUUGGCAUGUUGACCGACGAGUUUCUACGGUCUAUGUAUCUUGCAUGUCAGGGCGAUGAUGGGUCGACAGAAUAUAUCUUGCGAACUGCGAAAUCCUUCCCUGCCCAGAGUCGGAACAACCCUACACAACUCAUUGAUAAAACCAUGGCCGAAGAGUGGAGAGAAAGAUUUAGAGUCUACUUCCCCUCAGAGACUACAGUCAAUAACACAAAGGGUGGCCCACAAAGUGCAGGCACCAUUUGCUUCCAGUCAAAGUGGUAUACGGGUCCGAAAUUCCCCCGUCAGGUAUUGCGUGACUGUAUAAGUCAGAGGCCAGGACUACUCAUGCACAACAAAAUAUUCUAUGUAAGACUCGACAAGCCGGUAACGCUGCCUGAUGAUUCUCAUUGCCAAGCCUGGGCGUAUGUAGGAAGUGCAAAUCUUUCAGAAAGUGCUUGGGGUCGUCUCGUUCAAGACCGGAAAACGAAGGAACCGAAGCUCAACUGUCGAAAUUGGGAGUGUGGUGUGCUCAUGCCUGUCAUCAGCGAGGACUUCCCGUGGGAACAGAGCGAAUCCCCAGCCAAUGAGUCUGAGGCUAUGCUGGAUGUUUUCAAAGGUACCGUUCCCGUGCCGAUGCGUCUCCCAGCACCGCAGUACGGACCGAACCGCAAGCCUUGGUUCUUUACUGAAAAUGGCGUGAGAUGA